AUGAUAUGCGAAAAGGAGGAGGAGGAGGAGGAGGAGGAGGAGGAGGAGGAGGAGGAGGAGGAGGAGGAGGAGGAGGAGGAGGAGGAGGAGGAGGAGGAGGAGGAGGAGGAGGCGGGGGAGGAGGAGGAGGAGGGAGGGCUGUUACUGGCAAGGCUACUCCCACAAGCCACAGACACAAGGGAGCAACCACGGAGGAGGAGGAGGAAGAGGAGGAGGAGGAGGAGAAGGGAAGGAGGCGGAGGAGGAGGAGGAGGAGAGGAGGAGGAGGAGGAGGAGGAGGAGGAGGAGGAGGAGGAGGAGGAGGAGGAGGAGGAGGACGACGACGACGACGAAGGAGCAUGGAAAUCGAAAAAAGCAGAGGGUCAGGGAGAGGGAACUUAG